CCGCUCCCACAGAAACAAUCCUGCUCCUGCCACCCAUUGGUUCGCUCCCCAGCCGAAGGCAACCCUCACUUCCAAUUAUCUCCCCUCAAACACACACGGUCUGAGGAGGACACAGCCUCGCACGCAUGCACGCGUUGUGUUGUGUAUCUCUGGAUGAGGGGGAUUGAGGGCGUUUCAAAACCAUUCGGUCGUCGUUUUUACAGAAGUCUUGCUGCUGCCCCGGCCACUUUGUUUUGUCACGAUGUUUGCGGUGGUGGUGGUGGUGGGCAAGAGCGUGUAACCGAAGACGGUGUCUGCCUGUCUUGUCUGUGCGUGACGGGGAGCGUUGCGCGUUUGACGCGGGGUAGCGGGAGAGAAUAGAGCCUUGGUGUGUUUUCCGCCAUGGACGACCGUCCCCGCGGGGGAGGAGGAUGACAACUGAAGCAUAAGAAGUCUCUCCCCCCCCCUUUGAAUUUGAGCCUGAGCAGCAGCAGGAGAAGAAGAAGAGGCGGAGGAUUUGGUGACAGUAGAAGCCCCGCCUGCUGCCUGGGCAGGGGGGCCGUCCUGCCUGCUUGCUUGCCUCCCCCCCAAUCUCCCUCAGAAGAAGCUGGCCGGGCUCCUUUCUUUCUCUUUCCUCUCUCCCCGCACCCCUCCUUCCCUCUCGCAUUCACACACCGCACACGCACGCCGAGCGAGCCUCUCUCGCGCUCCCUUCAUGCAGGCGAACAGCGAGGCAGAAGAUGGCUGACUCGCCGGCGCGACCCACACAGCCCAGCCCGCCCGCCCGCAUCCCCGAGCCGCCCAGCGGAGAGCCGCUUUCUCCUCUUGACACUCGCUGACGCCUUCGCCCAGCGCUGAAAGCCGCCGCCGCCGCCCCCCUCCUUGGUUCCCGCCGCCGCCGGCCACCAUCCUCCCUCCCUCCCUCCCUCCCUCUCGACAACCUUCCCCCUCUCCUCCCCACCAACCCAAAUAAUACCAGCAGCCAUUUCAUCUCCGCCAAAGUAGAUACACACAAAAAUGGCAGAAAUGGAGAAAGAAGGGAGACCUCCGGAAAAUAAAAGGAGCAGGAAACCGGCUCACCCCGUGAAAAGGGAAAUCAAUGAAGAGAUGAAGAACUUUGCAGAAAACACCAUGAAUGAGCUCCUUGGCUGGUAUGGUUAUGAUAAGGUUGAAUUAAAAGAUGGAGAAGAUAUUGAAUUCAGGAACUACCCCUCAGAUGGGGAGAGCCGACAGCACAUUUCUGUUCUCAAAGAAAAUUCUUUGCCAAAAACAAAAUUACCUGAAGACAGUGUUAUUUCAUCCUACAACAUAAACGCAGGCUAUCCGGGGCUUACCACAGGAAAUGGACUCUCAGACUCACCAGCAGGAUUGAAGGAGCAUGGGAACGUACCCAUUAUUGUACCAUUAAUUCCACCACCUUUCAUAAAGCCACCAGCAGAAGACGAUGUGUCAAAUGUACAAAUAAUGUGUGCCUGGUGCCAGAAAGUGGGAAUCAAGCGUUAUUCUCUGAGUAUGGGAAGUGAAGUGAAAUGUUUCUGCAGCGAGAAGUGCUUUGCAGCUUGUCGAAGAGCAUACUUCAAGAGGAACAAGGCUAGAGAUGAAGAUGGACAUGGUGAAAAUUUCCCCCAGCAGCACUAUGCUAAGGAAACUCCAAGACUUGCCUUCAAGAAUAACUGCGAACUACUUGUAUGUGACUGGUGUAAACACAUAAGACACACAAAAGAGUAUCUGGAUUUUGGGGACGGGGAAAGAAGGCUUCAGUUCUGCAGUGCAAAAUGUCUCAAUCAGUACAAAAUGGACAUUUUCUACAAAGAAACACAGGCCAAUCUUCCAGCUGGACUCUGCAGCACAUUACAUCCUCCAGUCGAAAAUAAAGCAGAAGGCACUGGGGUGCAGCUGCUGACUCCAGAUUCUUGGAAUAUACCGCUAGCAGAUGCUCGGAGAAAGGCCCCAUCCCCAGUGUCUGCAGCUGGCCAAAUUCAAGGCCCUGGACCAUCAGCGUCUACCACUGCCUCUCCGCCUGACACUGCCAACUGCUCUGUCACUAAAAUCCCAACGCCUGUUCCCAAAUCUAUCCCCAUCAACGAGAAUCCAAAUAUGCCACCGGUUUCUGUUCAGCCACCUGCUAGCCUUGUGCCUCCAAUUGGUGUCCCACCUCGAAGCCCUCCCAUGGUGAUGACAAACCGUGGGCCGGUACCUUUGCCCAUAUUCAUGGAACAGCAAAUUAUGCAGCAAAUCCGCCCACCCUUUAUUCGAGGGCCACCUCACCAUGCCUCAAAUCCGAACAGCCCUCUGUCCAAUCCAAUGAUUCCGGGAAUUGGUCCACCACCAGGUGGUCCUAGAAAUAUGGGCCCCACUUCCAGCCCUAUGCAUAGGCCAAUGCUGUCUCCUCAUAUUCACCCUCCAACAACUCCAACGAUGCCUGGAAACCCCCCAGGUUUACUACCCCCUCCACCCCCAGGGGUUCCUUUGCCCAGUCUUCCCUUCCCACCAGUAAGCAUGAUGCCAAAUGGUCCUAUGCCCAUGCCACAGAUGAUGAACUUUGGCUUGCCGUCUCUUGCCCCACUGGUGCCACCCCCAACCCUGUUAGUGCCAUAUCCUGUCAUUGUUCCUCUACCAGUUCCUAUCCCCAUUCCAAUCCCUAUUCCUCACAUAAAUGAUUCCAAGCCCCCAAACGGCUUCUCCAGUAAUGGGGAGAACUUCAUUCCAAGUACAUCCACUGAUGCAACUGGGACAAAGCCAACAAAUAACUCUGUGUCCCCUAGAGAUUCGAAACAAGGGCCUUCCAAGUCCUCUGACUCAAGUCCAAGUUGCUCAGGCCAGUCCUUAAAUCAAACACAAGUGCAUCAGGAGCACAGUAAAAACGAAGUUGUUGAUUUGACUGUGAAACCUAGUAGUCCAGUGAACAACAAGUUUGGUUUUCCUACAGUGCUACAGGGACCACAGGAUGGUGUGAUAGACUUAACUGUAGGUCACAGGUCUAGACUACACAAUGUUAUCCAUAGGGCUUUACAUGCUCAAGUCAAAGUUGAACAUGAAGCUAGCAGUGUUGUCAAUCUGACUUUUGGUAGCUCAGACAAAAGGAACUGCAAUGACUGCAGGAACAAUUGCAGCCCUACUGAAGCAAAAACGUUACCUUGUAGUGACCCAGUUCAUUGUGGCCCCAUCGCACUGCCAUCGGGCACUUCGGAAAAUAGUACAGCUGCAGUUUGCAAUGUUAUUGUGAAUGGCACAAAGGGCCCAGAGGUUUCCAAGAACUCAGAGCAGCCCCAGGAGCAGAAAAAGUCUCAUCCUCUGGAGGAAUUGCCAGUCAGUGAGCUGGAGUCUGUUAAGGAGAACAACUGUACAUCAAACUGCCGACGGGAAGGAGAAUCCGGUAAGAAGCCUGGGGAAGAGCCCCUGUUUGGGGGAGACAAGCAAGAUCCCAACCUGAACAAUCCUGCAGAUGAGGACCAUGCAUAUGCUUUGCGGAUGCUACCCAAGGCAGGCUGUGUCAUCCAGCCUGUGCCAAAACCAGUGGAAAAGACUGCAAUUGCACCAUGCAUUAUUUCAGCGCCAAUUCUCAGCACAGGGCCAGAAGAUCUGGAGCCACCACUGAAAAGGAGGUGUCUCCGAAUUCGAAAUCAGAAUAAGUAAAGGAAUGCUCACUUUGACAGGGUACCUUGCAUGGAGAAAGGGAGCAGAGCAAACCAUGCUACUUCACCAAACAACACCAGCUGGUCCACUCACCACCCCUUCUGGUUAAAAGUCCAGCAAGCAAAGCCACUUCCCGCCAUUAAUUCUCGCAGAGGGAAGGCUGAAACCCUCGGGUGCCUUUGGCUCAGAAGACUGUAAGCACAUCAUGGACCCCACGAAGUACGCUCAGCAUUCCGACUACCAUCUCCCCUUCUCCCUUUUCCCUUUGGUUUCUUGCCGAUGGAGGAUUUUCCUCUUGAUUUCUAAAGCCACAUGGACCAAUGUAUGUACUUUCCCCCCUCACUGACUUCAAGGUUCAGAUAUUUGAGGCUGGACAAUGAAAUGGAUUUUUUUUUCUCUCUCCAAAAAAACUGCUGUGGUUUUGCUGCUACACUAAGAAUUGUGAUUUGCAUUGUAUGGUUUCGGACCUAUUUGCGUUUUUUGAUGGGAGGGGGGAUGAAGGGGUUAUACUGGAGUUAUUGACACUUCAGAGUCAUCUCUUUCUCCUGCCCAUGAUGCACUUUUAAAUGAAGAGUUAUUAGAAUAUUUUAUUGGCUAAUAUACUUCCCCCCCUUGUUAUUUUUUACAAAUGCCACCUUUAUCCUUUUUAAUGCCAUAUUUUCAGUGUUACACUUUUAUGGCUUUUUUAAUUUUUAUUUGACAGAGUAAGAAGCAGCAUGAAUAGUUUAUACUGUGGUUUUUCAGAGACUGAAUGCCAAGAGAACUCAGUAAAUGUUUAUUCCUCUCAGCUUUCUCUUUCAAUUCCCCUAAAUAGCACCCCAUCCGGGAACAGAGCAAGAGUGUUGAACUAAAGACCAAAAAAGAAGAAAAAAAGGGAUCCCCUCAAGGUGUAAAACUAUCUGGGGGAAAUAUUUUGCUGGGUGUUAUGAAAGACUUGGAUGAAAUUUCAACCCUGAUGGUUUUUCAGUGAUCCAGGAAGCCAGUGAGACAAUCUCGCCAGAUGCAGACCCCUUUCAUGAUAAUUAGAAAGGUAUGGCCAAGCCAAUGAAAACACAGGGGUAAAGUGAGAAGAGAGCCCCCAUGAUUCUGUUUCACUGUUUGCUUUCUCCUGUCAUGGUUAAAAAGAAAAUGUGCAAUUCGAUCCUCAGUCGGUGGGUGGAGGAUAACAGGGUAGAAUUUACUUGUGUGCACUUGUAUAGUUGUAGCCAAGAGUCCAAAAGAACACUAGAGCAUGUAUGCCGGCACUGAUUUGGUAAAACAAUUGUGGAGUAUCCCAUUCUGACAAAAUAGUAAG